AGCCGCUACGUUCGUCGAUCCGUCGCUCAGCCGCAGAGCAACACUGGCCGGUCUUUUGUCCAGCUUUCUCCCACGGGCACGCUCAUUCACUUGCGCACCCACACGAUUGACAAAGGCGACUCUCCAGCCUGAACGGGCGAAGAUGACAGAGACAACGCUGCUACCAUGGCUCCAUUCCGUGCUAGCGCCUAUGCCGUCGUCUCAGUCCUUGGGGCCAGUGCCAUCGUUCCGGCCCCUGCCGUGCUCUCUUUCUGAUCGCACCCCCCUCGAAGUCUUCCCCAUCAUCAUUGAUUGCUACAGCUUCAAAGACGCGAAACAGUUGCUCACCGCGGCAUUGGUCAGCAGGGUAUGGUAUCCCCGUGCCAUGUCCAAACUGUACUCCACCGUCGAGAUCGGAUCGCGCAGACGCUAUGACCUGCUGGUGGCCCAAAUACGCGCAUCGUCCGGCCUAAAGGGACGGCUCAAAGGCACACACACUGAUGGGAUAUCCCGCUUCUUCAUUUCGUGCUUCUGCUUGGCACUGCUGCAACGGAUUAUCCGCGCAUUCCCACACCUAGAACAGCUGGCGUUACUCGACGUGCCAGUAUCAGUCUCGUCCUCAUUACCUCCCAAGAGAACCCCCGUUCAAAUCGAGACAGACGUCCGGCUCAAACAACUCGCUGUUGGCCUAUAUGAUAGUCCACCUGACCUCCAAUGCUUAACCUCCAUUGUCGACUGGCUUGUAUCUUCAGCGAUCUGUACCUCUCUUGGUAGUAUGGAGAUCCGGGUCCUCCGGUCAGAUGCCAACGAGGGCACCCAACUUCAAGCUCAAAUAGAUCAGCAGGUCAAUCGGCUCCUCAAAACAUGUGGAUCGUCUCUCACUGUCUUUCACGCAGAUGGUCGCCUGUAUCAUUACAACUCCAAGCACAACACGGCCUUGCGUCACCUCAUACAAACGGCAGCCAUCGAGUGUAUCGAUAUGAUACCAUCGACAGAGGCCGCGGGAAUUUGGCUGGCAGCGGCAAACAAGAUCUAUGCCGUUCUGUCCACGGUCCGAAGCUGCCAGCUCGAGCACAUCGUAGUCUGUUUCGACAUCGGUGUUGAUGGUCCAUCUGGUGCCAGUUGGCAGGCGAAGGAGGCAAUCGAAUCCUGCCAGAAGCUCGACUUGCGCGCUCUACACGAUGUCAUGGUCCGGCCGUGCUUCGACAUGUUGAAGAAUGUCGAUAUCGAGGCCUACAUUGACGGUUGUCACAACGGCCAGGAUGGGUGGCUGGCAGAGGAACUCCCCUGGACGCUCGUUCCCGUCAUUCGACAGUUGUUCAGGCCGUGGUGGGACCGCCGUAUCGUCAAGUUCUCUUACCGGUGGAAAGUUGUUGACUUGAGGUCCGACUAUUACUCUAAAGAUAUGUUCACCCCAUCUAUUUCACUGGGAGAAUCUUCCCGGGCCGCAAAUGACCUUUAAUGGUAAAGACGUGGCAGGCGCGCCAUGAUAUUCGACGCCAUCUAGCGACUCGUUACAAGCGUGCAUUCGAGUCGAUCACACGCACUCCACGUCCACGUUCACCGAAACCGGUGCGUUGCUCCGCGCCCAUUGUUGAAAGUCUUCCCGUCCGCGUCCCGUUUGUCUCGCUUGUAUGUUGUGUUCUGCAGGGUUAGUAUCGAGAUGGUCUUUGUCGAGAUCUCGCUCCACGGACCCUUUAUUCAAUCCGAACCCCUCUCCUGGAUGCCUUACUCGUCAACGUCGUCGUAUCGCCCAUCGCCCAUUAAAAUGCUGGCCGUAUGUACCAGUACAUCGUAUCAGGUCUCGUUGAUUGUAUCUUGGUUGUGUAUCGUUCCGAGUUA